AUGCAUUCAUUCGGAAUUAUCAAGUCGCCGAAUACCACACAUUUGCAGACGCAUCAAAAGCUGCAUAUGGAGCAUGUAUUUACAUCCGAUCCGAAGACGCCCAUGGCAACGUCAAACAUUCCCCGGCUCGAGUUGUGCGCAGCUCUCCUCGCUACCCGUUUGUUUGAAAAAGUAGUUGCUGCUCUGGAUCAGAUUUCCUCUAGGAAGUACUUCUGGUCAGACUCAACAGUGGUCCUGCAGUGGAUGAAGGCGCCACCGCGGACCUGGAAAACUUUUGUUGCCAACCGUAUUUCCGAAAUACAAGCGACAACCCAUGGAUUCCCUUGGCUGCACGUUGCAGGGAUCGAAAAUCCCGCUGAUUUGUUGUCCCGCGGUUUCCCUGCUGACGAACUAGUCACCUGUGACAAAUGGCUUCACGGACCAAGCUGGCUACACGGACCCAAGGAAGUGUGGCCCACUCAAAAUCUCCCGCGCACCGAGCUCCCAGUGGAAGAAUUGGAACAACGUACUGCAGCUGUGCUGACUCUCCAAACUUCUGCUCCCCACGAAUUGUUCCUGCGAUUCUCAUCAUACAAUAUGUUGCUGAAUGUGGUGGGAUGGGCAUUCCGAUUCAUCCAAAAUACACGCUCAAAGAAUAUUCGAAUCCCGGACCGAGUGCUUCUCGUCAAGGAACUACACGUUACUAAGUUGUAUCUGACGAAACUAGUGCAAUCAGAAUCAUUCCCCGAUGAGUUAAAGGCUCUGCGCAAAGGACUUCCAGUUUCAAAACAUUCCAAACUUCGGCUCCUCAGUCCGUUUCUGGAUCCUGAAGGUGUGAUUCGAGUUGGUGGCCGGCUACAGCUAUCUUCUGAACCCUACAACAUUCAACAUCAAAUGGUCAUCCCAGGUUUUCACCCGUUCACAAAACUGCUAAUUAUGCACCACCAUAAGAAGCUUGCCCAUGGUGGCAAUAACGUAACCCUCGCAGUUCUCAGGGAUGAAUUCUGGCCAUUGCAUGGCCGGAGAGCUGUAAGAAGUGUCCUUCGAACCUGUUUAAAUUGCUAUAGAACAAACCCUCAACCGAUUGAACAAACUGUUGGUCAACUUCCCUAUAAUCGUGUUACGGCCAACGAGGUGUUCGCUUGCACUGGAGUGGACUAUUGUGGGCCCCUCUAUCUUAAGCCCUCGCACCGACGAGCAGCAUCGCAAAAAGUGUACGUAUGUGUAUUUGUGUGCUUUAGCACAAAAGCGGUCCAUCUCGAGUUGGCAGGCGACUUGAGCACUAACACGUUUCUAAUGGCUUUGGAUCGAUUCAUGUAUAGGAGAAACAAACCGUAUCAUAUAUAUUCCGAUAACGGAACAAAUUUUAUCGGAGCCAAGAAUGUACUGCAUGAGCUGUAUUCUAGGCUUCAGACAGGCCCGGAAAAUGAUAAAAUCAGUAAAUAUUUAGCCCAAGACGGAAUUCAAUGGCAUCUAAUUCCACCGCGAUCCCCAAACUUCGGCGGCCUCUGGGAGGCCGCGGUUAAAGUGGCCAAAAAGCAACUCGUCAGGCAACUAGGCGAUUCCUUGCUCUCGUACGAAGAACUCCUUACCAUUCUCGUCCGCAUUGAGGGAUGCGUGAACUCGCGUCCUCUUAUGCCUAUGUCCGAUGAUCCCAACGAUUUGACUGUGCUUACUCCGGCUCAUUUCCUGGUCAGGAAUAUGAUUAGGUCACUCCCCGAACCAGAUAUCCGCCAUCUACCGAUGAAUCGACUAAACUACUACCAACGGAUUCAAGCCCACAGCCAACAGUUUUGGCACCGAUGGAGGUCAGAGUACCUAAAGGAACUGCAGAUACAAUACAAAACAAACCCGAAACUAUGCAGCCUCGAAGUUGGGAGUGUUGUAAUUCUGAAGGACGACAGUCUUCCACCGACGCGCUGGCCCCUCGCGCGUAUCCUAGAAGUCCAUCCCGGACCUGAUGGCAUCGUCCGCGUGGUGACUAUUCAAACUUCGGGAGGUGUACUGAAGCGAUCUUUCAACGAGUCGUUCGUUGUUCAACACUACUGCUGUAACAGAAGUGUUCCCCGAGUGUCCCCCGAGUGUCCCCCGAGUGUCCCCCGAGUGUUCCCCGAGUGUUCCCCGUCGAAACCAUCUGCGGUCCAUCUAGCGAUCGAGAUUGGAGUCUCCCAUUUGCACGAAGAAAUCCCAGCGAUUAACCCGUUGUAG